ACAACAAACCGCUCUCAGUCUCUGCUCGUUUUUUCUCCAACGCCAGCGACGACACGGAUGAAAACAGUCUUCUGUGUUUUGCGAAGUGAAGCGGCGGAGAAGAUUCCAACGUAUCCGGAGACCUUAACUUUCCGUUACAGCACGAACCGCGCAGCGUGCGGCCUUUGGGGAUUCUAAAGGAUUGGCAAAUAAAACACCUUUCCCCCUCGACUACUCAGUGGAACGGUGCAGUGGGGGCAACUCUGCUCUCAGGUCAGAACAAACCUGUGGCCAUGGAUGUGGAUGAGGAGGAGAAUAUGAGUUCAAGCAGCACAGAUGUUAAGGAAAACCGAAACCUGGACAACGUGUCCUGCAAAGACGGGGUGGGAGUGGCUGAACAGCUCCCCAAUGGAAGUGGCCUGGGCAGUCGAAAGCGCCCCCUGGAAGAGGGGAACAAUGGACAUACACACUCCAAGUUCCGGGCCAAGAAGCGCAAGAAAACCCCGGGGCCGGUCCUGCCCAAGAAUGCUCUGAUGCAGUUGAACGAAAUCAAACCGGGUCUACAGUACAAAUUGCUGUCUCAGACAGGACCAGUCCAUGCUCCAGUUUUUGUCAUGACUGUGGAGGUCAAUGGACAGAUGUUUGAGGGCAUGGGCCCAACUAAGAAGAAGGCUAAGCUAAAUGCAGCUGAGAAAGCACUGCGUUCCUUCGUCCAGUUCCCCAAUGCCUCUGAGGCACACCUGGCCAUGGGUCGAACACUGACAGUGAACACAGACUUUACAUCUGACCAAGCUGACUUCCCAGACAUGCUCUUCAAUGGCUUCGAGACACCAGCCGCACCUGAAGAAUCCUUCUAUCUAGGCUCUAAUGGUAGCAGCUCCUUAAACUUACUAGGGGAGUAUCCCCUGCCCACACCACCUGGCAGCAACCUUGUCCAGGCCCCAUUGCCCCCUCCAUCGACAUUCAGCUCGCCCUCCAGUGGCAAAAACCCAGUCAUGAUCCUCAAUGAGCUCAGGCCAGGCCUCAAAUAUGACUUUGUCUCAGAGAGCGGGGAGAGUCAUGCCAAGAAUUUUGUGAUGUCAGUAACGGUGGAUGCACAGACGUUUGAAGGCUCAGGGCGCAACAAGAAGCUGGCUAAAGCCCGGGCAGCGCAGGCCGCCCUCUCGGCUCUCUUCAACAUGCAGCUAGACCAGACUCCAUCCCGGCAACCCAUACCAAGAGAGGGAUUGCAGCUUCACCUACCCCAGGUUCUGGCUGAUGCAGUCUCUCGCCUGGUGGUGGAUAAGUUCAGUGAGCUGACAGAAAACUUCACCUCCCCCCAUGCACGGCGAAAAGUCCUAGCAGGGGUCGUCAUGACAACAGGGACAGAUGUGAAGGAAGCACAGGUAAUAUGUGUCUCCACGGGAACCAAAUGCAUCAACGGUGAGUACAUGAGCGACCGCGGCCUGGCACUCAAUGACUGCCACGCUGAGAUAAUCGCCCGACGCUCGCUCAUCAGGUACCUCUACACUCAGCUGGAGCUCUUCCUCAGCAAGGAGGACCAGCAGAAGUCCAUAUUCAUGCAGUGUGACAAGGGAGGCUACCGGUUAAAGGAAAACGUUCAGUUCCACCUCUACAUAAGCACCUCGCCCUGUGGAGACGCCAGGAUCUUCUCUCCACACGAGGCCGGAGUUGAAGACCAAGGAGACAGACAUCCAAACCGGAAAGCACGGGGCCAGUUAAGGACCAAAAUAGAGUCAGGAGAGGGCACCAUCCCUGUGAGGUCCAGUAACACCAUCCAGACCUGGGACGGGGUGCUGCAGGGGGAGAGGUUACUCACCAUGUCCUGCAGUGACAAGAUCGCAAGGUGGAAUGUGGUAGGCAUCCAGGGCUCUUUGAUGAGCUACUUCACAGAGCCAAUCUACUUCUCCAGCAUCAUCCUUGGCAGCCUUUACCAUGGCGACCACCUCUCCAGGGCCAUGUACCAGCGCAUCGCCGAUAUCGAGGACCUGCCCCAGCAGUUCACCCUCAACAGGCCUCUUCUCAGUGGUAUAAGUAAUGCAGAGGCCAGGCAGCCGGGCAAGGCGCCCAACUUCAGUGUGAACUGGACGGUGGGGGAUCAGGUCCUGGAGGUGAUCAAUGCAACCACAGGCAAGGACGACAUGGGUCGCGCUUCACGUCUCUGCAAGCACGCCCUCUACAGCCGCUGGGUGCGCCUGCACUCCAAGCUGUCAUCCAUCUUGUGGAUCAAAGUGCUCAAGCCCAGCUCUUACCAUGAAGCCAAGCAGGCCGCCACGGAGUACCACUCUGCCAAGCAGGCGCUCAUCAAGGCCUUCCACAAGGCCGGCCUGGGGGCCUGGGUCAAAAAGCCCAUUGAGCAAGACCAGUUCACCCUCUGCUCCUGAGGGAGUCAAGGGACCAAAGGGAUUCCUGAACCCCCCACCCCACCCUCCCACUCCACCACCACUCCUCCCACCCCCCACCCCCUGACCCAGGGCUGAAAGCAAGAGAGCCCCCUAUUAACAACCAGCCCACAGAGACACUUACCUCCGUCCCGUGUGUAGGCGCGCACGUGCACUUGUACUCGUGGAAACAAACGUUCGUAGUUUCACAAACCGUUCAUAGCUCAUCAUUCUUAUUCCUCAGUGGACCUCAGCCUCACCAUGUCUUUUCUCAUAAUAUUGAUUUUUGUCCAUUUUGAAUUUGAUUUUAAUGGAUGUUUUAAUGGUGGAUUUUUAUUUUUCAUCUUACUUGUUUUCUGUUUUAAAACUGGAAUCCAUGUUUUUUUAAUGCCAUUGAUGUGGAAGUUAAAAUUAUGCAGUUGUGUCUAUUUUCUGGAUCAACGAGUGUAGCCAGUUUAGUGUGAAAUGUAGCCGAGAAAACACACAAUCUUCGUUAACUAAAACCAAUGUGUAUGGACCUGGAAAAAAACCAAUCUACUUGCUAAAAUGAAUGACUUUUGACGAACUUUAAUUUAAAGAUGCAUAAAUCUUCAGGAUGUAAAUCUAGUGCUGAAAAAAAAGAAAGAGAACCUAAAAUAGUUAUAUAACUUUUAGUGUGUGUUACUUGGUCCGUUCCUUAGAUGAGACUACAUGUUCUUAGACCCUGUAUUAAAGAUGAAAAAUGUUCCAAAAA